GACGAUUAUGUUAUUAUAUAUCAUUAUACUUAAAAUGUAAUAUUUAGCAUAACAAAAGUCAGAUCAGGAAUAAUGGUGUAAUAUUAAGCACAAGUAAUAGUUGCCUUAUAUAACAACAAUUGGUACACUAAUGGACAGCAGAACUUAAAUCAUAAUGACAAGAAAAAGCACGCGCAAUUGUAGAUGAAAUUCUCCAAGCACUUGCCGACAAAACAAGAACAAAUACAAUUACACUUAUAAGCUGCAAGGGACAAGUUAAAAAGUAUGACCAAAGAAAGGAAAGAACAGAAAGCAACUGCGGGUGAAAUCCUCAAAACAUUUGCGGACAACACUACUGCCCAUGGUUGUGGCUCUAUAAGCAGGUCCAAUCAUAAAUUUGGAAAAUUCAUAUGGAGCGUCAUAUUUAUCACGUGCAUCGUCACUGCAUGUCAAGGACUGGUUGCCAUUUUCAUCAGAUACUUUGGUUACCCAACAACAGAUACUGUAACAUAUGCUCGCAAAAACUUGGAGAUUCCAUCCGUGACCAUAUGCAGCCUUUUUCCAUUCACCAUUUCUUCAAUGGCAAGUAUUCAGCCUGACCCAAACACAGAACUAUAUAAACUUGUAACCCUCUUCCAUUCUUACACCAAUGGUAUUACGAAUGGAGAGCGUAAAAAGGAAUUUACUUCGCAUAAGAAUAGGAUAAACUCGUACGCCGCAUUGUUUGAGAAUACUGAGGAUGACCAAAAGAUGUUGUACAAUCAUGAUCUGCCAAGCAUGUUGGAACAAUGCUUCUUUAAUGGUAAACCAUGUGACACUUCGUUCUUCUCGGAAAUAAGCAAUGCGAACUAUCAAAAGUGUUUUACCUUCAAUGGAGCUGGGCUCAAUCUGACGAAUAUGACAGCGUUGCGUACUGACCCGAACUCUGGUUUAAGUAUGGUUCUUUUCCUUGAUGCGUACAAAUCAAAUUAUAGUCUCGAAAAUGGUAUGGUCUACAACCCAGAGAACCCGAAUAGUGGGACCACCGGGAUACAUGUCACGAUACACUCUCCGCAAACUAUACCAUAUCCGACGAUAGAGGGAUUCGAUGUACCCCCUGGUUACUCAACAACUAUUGGUUUGACUCCUAUAGCAAGGGAGAAGCUUCCUGAACCCUAUGGAGUCUGUACAAGCCAGGAGUACAUAGAAGGAACUGAUUUUCGGUACUCUGAGUUGGGUUGUUUUGGUCAAUGUGCUCAGAAAGAGAUAAUGGUUCAGUGUGGAUGUAUAUCUGCCUAUUUACCAUAUCCUAACGACACACAAGGAAUGAUUUACUGUGGUGAUCUGGACCUUGAUAAUUUCUUAAACCCACUUGGACCCAAUGUUACUUUAUUGGAUGAUGACUUCAAUAGUCUGGAAUGUGAGGACAGGCUCAUGAACCAAGGGUUUGUAGAUAAUAUGACAGAACGAUGUCCACAAUGUUUGGCGCCUUGUAAAGUGAUGAAAUAUGAACAGACAAUUUCCCAAGCGUAUUGGCCAUUUGAUCAUGUCCAGGCAAUGUUUCUACAAGAACUGUUCAAUAUUCAUGACAACAAUACACGACGAUCAAAUAAGCUCUUUGAAGAUUUCCUCGGAGAAUGGCCAGCUAAUAAAGAUUAUCUUAUUAACACGGGAAUGAUUCGUAAGAAUUUCCUUCGUGUCAAUAUCUACUUCAAGGACUUUACAGUUGAGACUACUCAACAAACCAUCGCUUAUGGUCUCAAUAACAUGGUAUCAGACAUCGGAGGGACUCUGGGGUUCUACGUAGGUAUCAGCGUUGUCACUCUCUGUGAGUUUUUGAGCGUAUUCUGGAUGCUGAUUGUAGCGUGCUCGCGAAAAUGCAAAUCGGCUGGGGCAAGAAAAUCCGACGUGGUUGAAGUAAUGAAAGGGAGGGAGACUAACCAAUCUAUGUAUUAUGGCAAGACGCAAAUAGACAAUAAAAUUGCUCCAACUCAGAAGCAUCAUGACAUACAUAUGAACACUACACAAGCGAAUGAUUUUUCAAGUGCUUUUAAAUAUUAGAUCCUGGUAGACAGGUACACGAUAAAUUAUUAUUUAUUUUACAAUGUAAGGGAAACUGUUAUGGUGGAAACUAGGCAAAAUAGCGUUUUACCUCAUUAAUGUUUGCAGAGGUGUAUCUUUAUUUAUCUAACUAUGACUGUUGAAUCUAGACCUGGUUAGUAUUUGAAGCAUUCUGGAUACAAUUAUUUUGGAGAAUCACUUCCAGAGCUCUGACCAAAGUAAUAUCUUAGCUGAUGGAUGAAAGAACGACACGCGGCAUAUGUUUAAUAGACCUAAUAUAGUGUAGUAAAUAGUAAUAGUAGUGUGGUGGAAUUGCAAUACACAACACAGUGCACCAUGCUGAUGGCCUCUUAGGAAGAAAUUGACCCUAGAAACAAACUUUUACAUGUACUUCUAAUCUUUUUAAUCCGUUUUCAACGUGC